ACUGGAGCUGCUACAUGUCCUAAGUGAUACCACACAACUUACUCAUCUUUACACAAGUCAACGUGUUUGUUUUAAGCAGACGUGCAGCGUGGACAGCGGCACACUGUGGCCACGCAUCCACUGCGACCUCUUGCUUUCACCACACCAGCCAAUUUAACAGUGGCGUGAAAUAACCACGGGCCCUGGAUGGAUAGUCUGGACCCUGAAACCCUCUAUGUGUCCCCAGAGCAGGCUGGAAAGCCCCCACUACCGACCUUGGAAAUCUCUGACGUGGCACUGGUGGGUGGAAAGAAGAUGAAUGGGUCUCUGGACCAUCCUGACCAACCAGAUGUUGAUGCGAUUAAGAUGUUCGUGGGACAGAUUCCACGAUCCUGGUCCGAGGAGCAGCUUCGUGAGCUGUUUGAGCCUUAUGGAGCUGUCUAUGAGAUUAAUGUUCUUCGAGACCGUAGCCAGAACCCGCCACAGAGCAAAGGCUGCUGUUUUAUAACAUACUAUACUCGCAAAUCAGCCUUGGAAGCACAGAAUGCUCUGCACAACAUGAAGAUUCUCCCAGGGAUGCACCACCCAAUCCAAAUGAAGCCUGCUGACAGUGAGAAGAACAACGCGGUGGAGGACAGGAAGCUGUUUAUUGGAAUGAUCUCUAAGAAGUGUAAUGAGAACGACAUCCGACUGAUGUUCUCACCAUACGGACAGAUAGAGGAGUGCCGAAUACUGCGAGGCCCUGAUGGACUCAGUCGUGGUUGUGCAUUUGUGACAUUCACAGCAAGACAAAUGGCACAGUCAGCCAUCAAAUCCAUGCACCAGUCUCAGACCAUGGAGGUAAACUUCAACCUCACACUUUGUGGCUGCUCAUCACCCAUCGUGGUGAAGUUUGCAGACACUCAGAAGGACAAGGAGCAGAAGCGCAUGGCCCAACAGCUGCAGCAACAGAUGCAGCAACUCAGUGCUGCCUCCAUGUGGGGGAACCUCACUGGGCUCAACAGCCUAGGGCCACAGUACCUAGCAAUCUACUUACAGUUGCUGCAGCAGUCAGCCUCCACAGGGAAUGCACUCAACAACCUGCACCCUGUUUCAGGUCUUAAUGCCAUACAGAACCUGGCUGCUUUAGCAGCAGCAGCAACUGCCACACAGGCCACGCCCACAGGCUCCAGCGCCAUGACAACAUCUAGUAGCCCACUAAGUGCACUAACAAGCUCAGGCUCCUCUCCUACCUCCAGCAGCAACUCCUCAAUGAACCCUAUGUCUUCUUUGGGUGCUCUGCAGUCUCUCGCUGCUGGUGCUGGAGCUGGCCUCAACAUGGGCUCCCUGGCAGGCAUGGCGGCACUUAAUGGCAGCCUUGGCUCCGGAGGCCUGUCUAAUGGCUCAGGAAGCACCAUGGAGGCCCUGAGCCAGGCCUACUCAGGCAUCCAGCAGUAUGCUGCUGCCGCUGCCAUCCCCAGUUUGUACAACCAGAGUCUGCUGCCCCAGCAAAGUGUGUCAGCUGCAGGCAGCCAGAAAGAAGCUAGCAACAGUCACAGCACUGGACCAGAAGGCGCCAACCUCUUCAUUUACCACCUGCCCCAGGAGUUUGGAGACCAGGAUUUGCUCCAGAUGUUUAUGCCCUUUGGAAACGUCAUCUCUGCUAAAGUCUUCAUUGACAAACAGACAAACCUCAGCAAGUGCUUUGGCUUUGUGAGCUAUGACAACCCGGUGUCAUCACAGGCAGCCAUCCAGUCAAUGAAUGGUUUCCAGAUCGGUAUGAAGAGGUUGAAGGUGCAGCUGAAGCGUUCAAAGAAUGACAGCAAGCCCUACUAAUGGUGCUGAGGCACUGCAGAGUUAGUUAGGCAGGGUGGUGUUAUGGUAAGUGGAGUAUGAAUAACCAAGACUGGUCCACAGAAACUUGUCUGUGCAUUACAGUGUGGUGUCUGCUGCGCUGCCUCUCCUGGUCAUUGUACCGUGUCAAGGCGAAGACACACAUGAAGCUACAUGCAAGAGAGUUUGGGCUAGACUGGAUUCUUCCUGUGUUCUGUUGUGGUUUAUGCACUUUGUUUUCAUUUUAACAAAUGAGAGAAACAGGUGUAUUUUAAUUUAAGUUGAAAUGUUAUCAGUUUGCUGUGGUAUAUAAUAAGUAUAUGAGUUAUUUGUUAGGAUGUGUUGCACUUUGACAGUCAGGUGCCAAACCCAUGUGCUUUUUUACUUCCUGUUCCCCCUGCACUCCACCACCACCCAGACUCAGCUUAAAACUCCUUCACCCAGGAGCUACAUCAGAUUAGAAAACAGAAGUCAUCACUUUUCUUUUACAAACAAAUGUGUGGUUUCCCUUCUGUAUUAGCAUCUGUAUUAUCUCUUAACAUUGAAAACGUGUAUGUGAUUUACAUCUAAAUUAGUAGUGAGGUGCAGAGGCUCAGAUUGUUCUUAAGGAGGAGCUCCACUAACACAUGCAGACACAUGGACACAUUUGUCCUCAAGCAGUGUGUGCGUCUUUGGUAGUGACAACAUAUCCUUCAUCAGUGACUGCUGUGACAGUUGGGCUGUAAGCAGCCCGGUCCUGUUCUCUGGAGUUUCAACUGAGCUAAAAUGAUUGAGGUCAGGCUUACAUCCUCCUGUAACCUCCCUGAUAGAAGGAGAGAAGCUUGAUGGCCUCUGUUAACAGUCAAAUCUUAAAAUGACAUUAAUGCUAGUCUAUAUCUGAAGUGUCUGGCAGCUGUUGCAUGGCUUACACUAAUUAAGUAGCCUCAGGUAGAUGAGCACACGUUUGUGUUUAGGUUUUGUUGUGUAUAAACAUUGGCUGGAAUUGACAGAAAUAUUAUACUUCUGUUCCCCAGUGUGUUUUCUUUUAGUUUACAACUUUUCUAAUGCAGCUGAUAUUGCAUGUGUGAGUAUAAUCUAACCCCAGCAGGUUUUGGUGGUGCUCCUUCUGUGCUGCUGCACUCUGAGUGACUCAGAUAAAUAUGAGUCUGUCUAAUGGAGAUUCAAAGCCUCAACGAAAUACAUUUUCUGGUUAUAGUUUGUUUCCACUUUGAAAUCAGGGGAUUUUUUUAAAGAUUCAUCGCACCCCCCUACUGUCCUGCUAGUUAGCGGCCAGCUAAUCUACAGAGGGCUUCUUCACUAUGUCUCUCACUGGAUCUCUUCUUUGAUUGGAGAACUCAUAUAAAUGUCAAAUUACUCAAGACAAACAUGUUAGACGCUUAGACUUCCAUUUAAUCAUGUGUAAGUGCUUGUGUGUGUGUGCGUGUGUGUUUUUUUUAAAUAGAACUAGUUGGCAAGACAAUUGUUGAGAUGUAUAUUUAAACUAUUUUGCCUUUUCUAUUUUUAUAUAGGUUUUAUACUUCCCCUGUGUGUUGGGGAACUAUUUAUUGCCUAAAUUAUUUAUCUGAAUAGAAAUUAUUUUGAAAGACAAAUGUGAAGUCCAACAAACUCCAUUUGAUCUCCUGGUGUGUGUCCUCUCUUUGCCUGUUCAGCGUUGUUUCCUUUUUGGUGAUGUUUACUAUGUGUCAGUGUGGCAUGGACUGUGUGUGUAGGAUCCAUCAGUGCUGCUACAGACUUCAUAGAACCCCUUCUCUGUCAUACAUGCCUCCAUCUGAAUAAAUAUUUGCCAAAAAAAUAACACAGGGAGCAUAGUUUAUUAUAUAAGUCCAUUUUAAUAUGUGCCUGUUGGUCCUGUCUUUCUGUAUACAUAUAUAGCCAUCCAAUAUGUGACAACACAUGUGCACCAACACAUGGCUGUUUCUCUAAUGUAAGAACUAGUUUUAAUUCAAGUCUGAGUCUUCUGCAGUGAGACAUUCAGAGAACAUGUGAUGGAGGACUGAUCAGGGCACUCAGUCACAAGGUCAUUCAUGUUAAAGCAGCUUCAGGUCACCAUGUUCUGUGUAAUGUUGUCCCGUUCACUUAAUGUUGUGUUAUUUUGGGAGUUUCUUAGUAUAUUGUAAAAUGUAUAAACAGGAUUCUUACUAUUGCACAAAAAUCAUGAUGUGUCAGGGUGGUGAUAUCUAAUCUAUCGCUGUGUUGUGCUAUAUGACUUGUUUGAUUCUAUAUGUAUUUUUGAAUAUUAAGACAAAAAAUGAUUUAUUUAUGCACCGUGAAGUAUUAAACCAGUCCAUAGUGGUCAGUGAUGGGGUCAUGGCAUCAUGACCCACUAGUCCACCACGUGAACUGGACCACUGAAAACGAAAUGUUGCCGGGUUGAAAUAAUGAAAGCUCGACAAGACCCCCAUGAUUUGUCAGGCAAUGCUGCUUACAUCAUGAUGAGUGCUGCAGAUAAAUGGAUGUUACACUAAUUGCACUGGUGGUGUGAAUUGUAAGUUACAAAUAACCUUAGUUCACCUUCUGUCUCUGCUGUAUAUGGUUAGAGCAUCUCAUCUUUAGAAGAUGCUGCCUCUCCAUCAAGGAUAUAGCCCCUGACCUGAGACAUUACUGCCUUAAAAUGUUAUGCACAUGAGAGGUGCAGGAAAAAUAUACUUUUUAAAUUUUUAAACCAAAGUCAAAAAGAUUCAUUAAAAACCAAAACUCACAAUGUGUCAGUCCGUCUCUCAAUAAUUUACAAUUAUCAGCCUCCAAGUCCUCAAAGUGUUGAAAUGAAGUGUUAAUCAAACAGGAGGAAAAAGGGUUUUUGUUUGAAACUAUUUUCCGCAUUAGGAGGAUUAGUGACUAUUUGAGGUGUGUGUGUGUGUGUGUGUGUGUGUGUGUGUGUGUGUGUGUGUGUGUGUGUGUGUGUGUGUGUGUGUGUGUGUGUGUGUGUGUGUGUGUGUGUGUGUGUGUGUGUGUGUGUGUGUGUGUGUGUGUGUGUGUGUGUGUGUGUGUGUGUGUGUGUGUGUGUGUGUGUGUUUGCAGAAGUGAAGCAGGAGUCCCAUAAAUCAGCAAAUGGAUUAUGACAAACAUCCCUGUGUAAACGGAAAGAUGAAAUUAACAUCUAUUAACUGCAUAUCAUGUAUGCCAUGCACAACAGAUCUGUUUUGGCUUCAGCCAUUGUCAUAGGCUACUUUAAUUUCCAUUUUGAAAAUAGUUGAUCAAAACCAUUUACAAAUGUAGUCAGUUAUAAACAGAUGGAGUAACAUGUUGUACGUAACAUACUUCUAUUUUUAAACAAUUCACUGAGUAGUAAUAUAAAUGUCAUAAUUCCAAUGGUACUCUCGAAGCAACCAUAUUAGAUGAGCUCUCUUAGAUUAGUGUGCUCGACUAGAGCUGCUGAUCCAGACCUCUGGAUUCCUGAUGUGACCUGCAUGUCGUCACAGGUUCUGUGCUGUCAUUUUAUAUAGGCUGUCAUGUGUGUGUUUUGUGUUUUUGUUCUCAUUCCCUCAAUCUCUGGUAACACAUGGUCCGUCUUCACUCUGUCCCUGACACUGACUGUUGAGUGUUUAGACUGUAUUCAACCUUACACAAAGAUAAAUCAUUCUUGGUUUCUUUGUUUCUCUCUCUCCUGUCUGUGUUCCAUUGCUGUUUAACCUAGGUUUGUCUCCCUGUUGUGUUUUUCUUUUUGUUUUUUCUAGAUCUCUUCCUGUUUGCCCUAGCAUGUUGAUGUGGCGUCACAGUUCAUCGUCCAGUCCUUGUGUUUCCUGCGCUUCUCUGAUGCUUCAAAUUUCACCUUUGACAUGUUUGACAUUGAUUUCCAGGAGGUUUUGUUUUUUGGUUUCAUAUGUCCUCUGUGUUGUCAACAGGGGCACUAGAAAGACUGCCACUGAAUAUGUUUCAAAGUUACAUAAGAGUUAUUAAAAGCAGAUAAGAGAAUCUAUUUUUCUAGAAGUGACUGUUAUACGACUUUUUUCAAAAUCUGUUUGACAUGAGUCUGAGCUUUAACUUUGUUUUAAUAUUAGUUGUUAUUGAGCAGUCCUCCCAGUGCCCCAUCCUCUUUGUGUGUGUGUGUGUGUGUGUGUGUGUGUGUGUGUGUGUGUGUGUGUGUGUGUGUGUGUGUGUGUGUGUGUGUGUGUGUGUGUGUGUGUGUGUGUGUGUGUGUGUGUGUGUGUGUGUGUGUGUGUGUGUGUGUGUGUGUGUGUGUGUGUGUGUGUGUGUGUGUGUGUGUGUGUGUGUGUGUGUGUGUGUGUGUGUGUGUGUGAGUGUGUGAGUGUGUGUGUGUGUGAGACAGACAGCAGCUUCUUUUUCCAGACGAUUUGCGUGAGUUCGUCUUUGGGAGUUCCCAUUUCCCAUUUGAGAAACGCUUUGAGGAGGUAACAUUAAUGUGAUUGUGAAAACAAUAAAAUAAAGUUUUUAAGUUUGAGCUUGUUCACUCACCACUGCAAGCACAUGAUGCAUUUCUGCUCUUUCUUUUGUGGAGAAUCAGACAUCAAAUCCACAGCGGAGAGACUUUUGUCACGAUACAUUUAGUAAUCAUGUUUUUUUAUUUAUAUAUAUAUAUAUAUAUAUAUAUAUAUAUAUAUAUAUAUAUAAUAAUCUGCAAUGAAAUUCUUGGUAAAAUGUGAUUUAGUUUGUGUUAACUUCAAAAUUAUGAAUAAACUGGUGCCAAAUGUUUCGCACAAUCA